CUCGCCGUUCGUUCCGACCCUGUAUCCCUUUACGGCUAUCGCGAAAGUGUCGUGAACGCUGCCUCCCAUCAGAGUCACCCAGUCGGCUGGAGGCGGAGGUCUGGUUUCUCCCGGUGUGCUUGCUGGAGUCCAGGUAAAGACCAGCUACAAAAAGCUAUAAAAGAAGAUAAAUUAUUCUCUCCAAAUAAAAGAAAGCCAAAGCCCAUGAGUGGGCAUCGGUCAACAAAGAAACGAUAUGGAGACUCUCAGCCGGAGUCCCCUGUGGGCUUCGGGCACAUGAGUGCUCCUGGGUGUGUGUUAAGUAAAUUGUUUCAGUUACCUACACCACCAUUAUCAAGACACCAGUUAAAGCGGCUGGAAGAACACAGAUAUCAGAGUGCUGGGAAGUCCCUGCUUGAGCCUUUAAUGCAAGGGUAUUGGGAAUGGCUAGUGGGAAGAGUGCCCUCCUGGAUUGCCCCUAAUCUCAUCACCAUCAUUGGAUUGUCAAUAAACAUCUGCACGACUGUUCUAUUAGUCUUCUACUGCCCUACAGCUACAGAGCAGGCACCUCUGUGGGCAUAUAUUGCUUGUGCAUGUGGCCUUUUCAUUUACCAGUCUUUGGACGCUAUAGAUGGGAAACAGGCAAGAAGAACCAAUAGCAGUUCUCCUUUGGGAGAACUUUUUGAUCAUGGUUGUGAUUCACUAUCAACAGUUUUUGUGGUUCUUGGAACUUGUAUUGCGGUACAACUGGGAACAAACCCUGAUUGGAUGUUUUUUUGUUGUUUUGCUGGGACCUUCAUGUUCUAUUGUGCACACUGGCAAACAUAUGUUUCUGGAACAUUGCGAUUUGGAAUAAUUGAUGUGACUGAAGUGCAAAUCUUCAUAAUAAUCAUGCAUUUGCUGGCAGUGAUUGGAGGACCACCUUUUUGGCAAUCGAUGAUUCCAGUGCUGAAUAUCCAAGUGAAAAUUUUUCCUGCACUUUGUACUGUAGCAGGGACCAUAUUUUCCUGUACGAAUUACUUCCGUGUAAUCUUCACAGGUGGUGUUGGAAAAAAUGGAUCAACGAUAGCAGGAACAAGUGUCCUUUCUCCUUUUCUCCAUAUUGGAUCAGUGAUUGCAUUAGCUGUAAUGAUCUACAAGAAGUCAGCAGUCCAGCUUUUUGAAAAGCACCCCUGUCUUUAUAUACUGACAUUUGGUUUUGUAUCUGCUAAAAUCACCAACAAGCUUGUGGUGGCACACAUGACUAAAAGUGAAAUGCAUUUGCAUGACACAGCAUUCAUAGGCCCGGCACUUUUGUUUCUGGACCAAUAUUUUAACAGCUUUAUUGAUGAAUAUAUUGUACUUUGGAUUGCACUGGUCUUCUCUUUGUUUGAUUUGAUUCGCUACUGUGUUAGUGUCUGCAACCAGAUUGCGUCUCACCUGCACAUACAUGUCUUCAGAAUCAAGGCCUCUACAGCGCAUUCUAAUCAUCAUUAAUGACAUAAUUGGUGUGAUGUAGGAAACUCAUGUUUUCUGCAGAAAAGAAUCGGAACACAUUAAGGAGAAUGGGGCAGACAAGAACAAAUAUAAUUUAUAAUAAUCAAUGUUGUAUAACUUUUAUUCUUUGUUAUUGGUAACACUGUCCUGUGUGAGAAUGGGAAUUUCAAGUCCCAUCCUAGAAAUUGUACAUGUCAUACAGGAUUUGGCCCAAGAAAGCAUGCAGGAAAAAAAUGCCAUGUGUUUGUAAUUAUCCUGGAUUCAUCCAGAAUAAAAUCGUUAUGGGGCGCAGAUCCCCAGUGGUGGAGAUUUCUAAUGUCGAAUAUUUACAGGCCAAAAGAUGGUUGCUUUAUAAUUUUAACACAUCGUCAUCUUUUAGUGACAUCCUUGUUUAGUGUCUUCUCAAGCUUUCUUUACUAAGGAGCUCGGCUUGUGGCACAGAUAUAUCCCACUAGCUUAUGAGGUGGAACUAGUGAUAAACACCGUGAAUUUGAAUUGAAAGGCUUCCUAUCUUUACCUUGUCAAGGAAGUCAUUUUUUUAUUGCUCAAGAAAUGUAUCUCUCACGGGCUGGGAAAUCCUGUUAGCAUGCAGAAUAAUGUGGUAAUUUUGUCGAUCCAUUUUAUUUUUUUAAAUAAAUAUAUGAUCUGAAAGCCAGCCUUUUUCUCAAUUUUAUUCAGUGGAAAGAUAAACUAGGUUUUAAUGUCAGUUUUAAAACUUUAAGCAAAAUUUAUUCUUUAAUAAAUAAGAAAACUCGGUCAGCUGCA